GCUACACAUAUACAUGUGAACAGGUGGACUUACAUACGCAUGUAACAGAAGAUUAAAGAUUAACUGACACGUUAACAAGAAUGUUUUCCAGAAACAAAACUAACCAACCAACCAGAACAAUGUUAAUUUUAUUGUGUUUCUUGACUGCUGCAUCAUUGGCAGUAACUGCUACCAAUGCCACUGUUACUUCAGACACGACUGUAGACACUGUUACAACAGAAUCUGCCACAUUGACUGUUGAAGAUCUGACAACUACUGGGGAUACCUCUGUAUCAGCUGAAACCAGCAUUCCUGCAACAACUCCAACUGAAGAUGCAAACACCAUGGAUAUAGUAACUACAGACAAUACAACACCACUGAAUAAUGAUUCCAGUGUAUCAGAAUCCACAACAUCCUUUUCAACAGAUAUCCCCUCUACAACAAAAAAUGAAGUCGUUACUACAACAGAAACUGAGAAUAACAGUACCCCAGAAACUGAAGGUACUACUGCAGGUGUGUUGGAAACUUCAGUUCCAAAUACCUCAACUUCAAAAGAAGCAAAAGACUCUGAUGAUCAAACCACAUCAGCAACUCAUAUCACAACAACAGAGGAAUCAGAAUCUCCAACUUCAACCUUCACAGAUACCCCAACUUCAACAGAAGCUGAACACUCAACAAUAGCAAUCACUGAGGACCAUUCUACAUCAAUAACUGACAUCACAACAACAGAUAUAUCGGAAUCCUCAACUUCAGCCUUUACAUUUACUCCAACUUUACCAGAAAUUGAAGUCUCAACAACACCACUCACUGAAGACCAAACUACAUCAGUAAGUGAAAUCACAACCACUGGGGUAUCUCAAUCUCCAACUUCAGCCUUCACAGAUACCAAAACUUCAACAGAAGCUGAAAGGUCAACAACACUAGUCACUGAAGACCAAACUGCAUCAGUAACUGAAAACACAAAAACAGGUAUAUCAGAAUCCCCAACUUCAGCAUUUACAGAUGCUCCAACUUUACCAAAAAUUGAAGUCUCAAUAACACCACUCACUGAAGACCAAACUACAUCAGUAAGUGAAAUCACAACCACUGGGGUAUCUCAAUCUCCAACUUCAGCCUUCACAGAUACCAAAACUUCAACAGAAGCUGAAAGGUCAACAACACCAGUCAUUGAAGACCAAACUACAUCAGUAACUGAAAUCACAACCACUGGGGCAUCUCAAUCUCCAACUUCAGCCUUCGCAGAUACCAUAACUUCAACAGAAGCUGAAAGCUCAACAACACCAGUCAUUGAAGACCAAACUACAUCAGUAACUGAAAUCACAACAACAGGUAUAUCAGAAUCCCCAAUUUCAGCCUCCUUGACAGUUAUCCCAACUUCAACAGAAGCUGAAAGGUCAACAACACCAGUCAUUGAAGACCAAACUACAUCAGUAACUGAAAUCACAACAGGUAUAUCAGAAUCCCCAAUUUCAGCCUUCACAUAUACCGUAACUUCAACAGAAGCUGAACACUCUACAACACCAGUCAUUGAGGCCCAUUCUACAUCAGUAACUGACAUCACAACAACAGAGGUAUUCAAAUCUCCAACUUCAGCCUUGACAGUUAUCCCAGCUUCAACAGAAGCUGAAAGGUCAACAACACCAGUCACUGAAGACCAAACUGCAUCAGUAACUGAAAUCACAACAACAGGUAUAUCAGAAUCCCCAACUUCAGCCUUCACAGAUACCCCAACUUCAUCAAAAGCUGAACACUCAAAAACAGCAAUCAAUGAAGACCAUACUACAUCAGUAUCUAAAAUCACAACCAUAGAGGUGUCUGAAUCUCCAACUUUAGCCUUCACAGAUACCCCAACUUCAACAGAAACUGAACAAUCAACAACACCAGUCACUGUGGAACAUUCUACAUUAGCAACUGACAUCACAACAGGGGUAUCUGAAUCUCCAACUUCAGCCUUCACAGAUACCCCAACGUCAACAGAAGCUAAAAGCUCAAUAACACCACUCAUUGAAGACCAAACUACAUCAGUAACUGGAUUCACAACAACAGGAGUAUCUGAGUCUCCAACCAGGGCAUCAGAAUCCCCAACGUCAGCCUUUACAGAUACUAGUACCACUUCCUCCCCUAAAGCAGAAGAAACCACUACAGCCACCUCUGCCUCUGCCACCACUACAGCCACCACUGCCUCUGCCACCACUACAGCCACCACUGCCUCUGCCACCACUACAGCCAACAGCACACAUAAUUCUGUCACCUUUGCUACCACAGCCAACGAUACCCAUUUUGCUGUCACCACUGCCAUCACUGCAGCCAUCACUUCAUCAGUUUCUGUCACCACUUCCACCACAAAAGUCAGCAAUACAUCUGCUGCUGUCACCACUGCCACCACUCCAACUAUAAUAACCCCUCCAACCACAACAAUCAUAAUAACUACACCAACAACAAAACCCACUCCAAUUCCAACAACCACUCCAACAACAAAAUCCACCCCGACUACAAUAACAACGAAAACCACAACAACAAUUCCAACAACUCCAAAAACAAGUACAACCUCCACAACCACUCGAAGAACAACAACCACUCCAAAAACAACCAAAACAACAAGUACAACAAUCUCUACCACCAUUAAGACCACAAAACUCCCUACAACCACAACGACUUCUGCUGCUGUCAUCGUCAUUGUAGAGAUGCAGUUUUCCUCCACUGACACAUUUGUCCCUGCACUUUUGGAUCCCACCUCACAGACUUACAUCAAUAGAGUAAAUCUGAUCACGACACUGAUGGAGCCCAUUUUUAGGAGAGCUUUCAGGUCUUUCUUGAGGUUGAUCGUGUUAUAUUUCAGGGCUGGAUCAAUUAUAACUGGGGUGCAACUGCAAUUCGAUGCUUCUAAUGGAACUGUACCCAGCGGUCAAGAAACAGGACAAACAUUGAUAAAAGCAGUGUUAAAUUCAGAACUACCUGGACUAAACAUUAACGCCAGCAGCAUUCAAGUUAAUGGUACAGCAAUUACCAGCUCCAGCACCAUCAGCAAAGCCAGUGUCUUCACUGCUUCCUGUUUAGCAUCGUUGUCACUGCUGUUGAACAAGUUGCUGAACUGAAAUUCUACUGCAUUUGUGGAGAAGCGGGCAAGACAAUCAAAAUACUUCACUAGGGCUUGGAUCCAUCUACAUCUAAUAUGCCUGGAAUGAUUGAAGAUUCAGAAAGUCAGCAUGAUAGAGUUCUUUCUACUGAAAGAAAAUGACAUUGAGUUUAAUUCAAACUUAUCUUAGCAUAACUGAAGUUAACUUUAACUUAGCAUAAGUCCUACUGUCUACUUUUCUGUGGUACUGGGAAAUAAUGUCUCUUCAGAAAGAGACAAAUACAAAGAACUGUAUCUUGGUCCUGGUAUAUUAGGAUAUUGUAUCCUACAUAGGAAUAUAUUUCUUACAUCCAGUGACAGUUCUGAUGGCACUCAUGAGUAUUUUCUAUAAAUGACCCUGUGAAAUUACCGUGUAGUACACUUUUUUUAGUUUCUAGUGUUACAUACCUUUCAGUCUAUGUUAAU